AUGAAGGGAAGAAGUGCGAUUCGUGGAUUGGAAUUGAAGAAGAGGAGGAAGAAUGAGACGGAGUUGUGUGGGUUAUGGUGUGUGCCAGAUGAUGUGGUUGUGGACUGCCUGACUCUGUUGUCGAGAUUAGACCUCGUAGCCUUAUCGAUGGUCUCCAAGAGGUACCGGGAUGUCGCAAAGUCCCAUUACCCCUCGGAGGGGUUGCCUUCACCGAUAUAUGUACGUCUAUAUGCACAUGUAUCCAGAUCCAAGUCCACGGUGGUUCGUCCUCCACCCCGUGCAACGUCGGCUGAAACGGCUCAAUAUGGACUACUCGUAUCCGGCCCCGUGCACCGAGUAACGCCCAUGAAGAUGGCUCGGAGCGGAGCAUCGGCAAGCUUGAUAGACAACAGGAAGAUAUACGUGUUUGGAGGGUGCUGGGACGCUGCUGAUUCCUCCAACUGGGCAGAGGUGUAUGAUCCCGAAACCAGAACUUGGGAGUUCCUGCCUGUGUCUACGCCCAAGAUGCCCCUCAAAAUCCAACAAAGUGUGGUGACGGACGACAGCAAGCAUGUUUACGCGGUGGAUGAGGACGGUCAAAUGUUUAAGUUCUCAACAAGUGAAUGUGUGUUUGAGGCAGAGACAGAUGCAGACGCAGACGCAGACUACGGAAACGAUUGGCUUUUAGUUGGUGCAGCAUUGUUCUGCCGUGGUACCGGCGGGAGAAUACUGUGGCGUAUUCCAUUUUUGUCGGCUUGGAAGGAAGUCAAGGGUUUGGAAGAGCUGCAGCAGCAACACUCUGGUUUUGAUAUCAUCAAAUUCUGCUUCUCUCGUGGCAGGAGUAGGAUGGCCAUCUUCUGGGAAGCUCGGCCUCAAGGUCCUGAUGAUCAGAUUUUGGAGCUUUGGUAUGCCGAGUUUUCCAUUGCGCCACUCGUGGAAGGUCAGGUUUUGGAGGUUGUGGCGAACAUUGAGUGGUCCGGUGCUGUCCUCUCCUCGGACUCAUCAUCUACUGGCCCCCUUAACUUGUUAUAUGCUGUUUCUCUUUUGGUCUGA